GGAAGCCGUUAGGUGACAAAAGGAACACCGUCCACGCCUUUUACACAGCAGCUGACCACCAAUUCGUCGUGUGUGAUUUAAUUAUGUCUGGCAAUGCUAUUAAUGCGCGUGUUUAGAUGUUUUUCUCCUCUGAGAUUUUUCUGUCUGCAUUUCUAAGCUCAUGUUCAGAUUUGUUGCAGUUUACGUGCACCAAAGAUGCACUACUCAAACUGGCUCAUUGACAUAAAGAACAAGGCAAGCCUUCGAAAUGAGUACCAAACAUCUUUCAGCGCCAACUGGAAUCAUAGACGGGAUUCCGCAGACAUGGAGAACAGUAGCAAGAAGAAGCCCAACGAAAGAACAUCCGAGCUUGCGAUCCCCAAUCACCUCUGGAAGAGGGGUUACAAAGUCAUCAAGAAGAUUGGAGAAGGUGCAUUUUCAGAGGUGGUGAAAACUCAGAGCCUAAAAGAUGGAAAGUUUUAUGCCUGUAAAACAAUGAAGCAGACAAUAAAAAGUUUGGAACAGGCCAACAAACUUCAAGAAGUCCAGGCGAUGAAGAGACUCAGCCCUCAUGCAAACAUCAUUCAACUGCAUGAACUCAUUUUCGACAAAGUGACGGGAACGGUAUCCCUCGUCUGUGAGCUGAUGGAGAUGAACAUCUAUGAGUUCCUACAAAAAAGGAAAAAGCCUCUACCUGACCAUAUGGUCAAAAACUACAUGUACCAAUUGUGCAAGUCACUUCAACAUAUGCACAGUUGUGGGAUCUUUCACAGAGAUGUAAAGCCAGAGAAUAUCCUCAUUAAGCAAAAUGAUUUAAAGCUUGCCGACUUUGGCUCGUGUCGGAGUGUUUACUCCAAGCCGCCGCACACAGAGUACAUCUCCACGCGCUGGUACCGAGCGCCCGAGUGCCUCCUAACGGACGGGUAUUACAACCUGAAGAUGGACAUCUGGAGCGCCGGUUGUGUCUUCUUUGAGAUUAUGAGUUUGAAGCCUCUCUUCCCUGGAGCGAAUGAGUUGGACCAGGUUGCCAAGAUCCACAAUGUGCUGGGAACUCCAGAUCAAAGUCUCCUCCAAAAGUUUAAGCAGACUCGAGCGAUGCCCUUCAACUUCCCCCCGAUGAAGGGCACGGGCAUCUCUCGUCUGAUCCCCAACUGCCCGGCUCCCGCUCUGUCCCUGCUUUAUCAGAUGCUGGCAUACGAUCCGGACGAGCGCAUCUCUGCAGAAACGGCCCUGAGGCACACCUACUUCAGAGAGAUCAGGAUGACAGAGAAGAAAUCCGAGACUUCUCAUUUCCUUUUUGGAACUCUGGAUGCAGCGGGAAACAGAUUAACGCAGCAAUCGCUUGAGAAAAUCUGGCGGCCGAGCAGCUUUGGUAAACAACUGAAAGGAAGACACAUGAGACAGACGCCGUUAACAACUCACAACAUGAAGCACAAAACAGACCCGCUUAUUAGACACAACACUCCUCAUUACCUACCGCCGUUGUCCAAGAUGAAAAAGGUCGUUUCAGGACCGCAGAGGUCGUUCAGAGUCUCCCCUCCGCCAGCUUUCACCUCCGAUAACAGGGAAGUGCUGCCUCCCAUCUUGGCAAAAAAGUGUCUGCCACACCUGGUUAAGCAUCCGAAUGGUUCCCAACAGUCCGGUCCCAAGACCUGCUUACCCCCCCUGAACAGCAAAAACAAGGACACCUAAGGGCAAAACCUGAGACGGGGCAGAGCUGGAACUCUACGACAUGCUUGAGAAAGAAAAUGCAAUAAAGACAGAAAAAACAAACA